UUCUUCACAGCAGGAUGUACUGAAGGGGAAAGAGAGGGUAAUCAGAGUUGAGCUGGUCGGCAUGCAGUGGACUGGGCUUAUCCAGUGAUUUUGUAAAGUUUAUUCUUCACACGGAAGGAAGAGCGAAUGUGGCAGCAGGAUACUGAAAGAAAAUGAGAAACAACGCCCGCUCCAGGAUGGAAGGUUCGGCGGGACCGGGUCACAAGGCGAACGGGCCCAUUGAACCGCCCAGCAACGUCGUGAGUCCACCAAUGGCCCCGGAUGAGCUGGACGAUGAGCCUCAGUCGUCUUUGACGGACGUUACCCAAAUGUGGAUUAAAUUUGCCAAGACUUUUGCCAUCAUCUUCCCUAUCUAUAUCUUGGGAUACUUUGAGUUCAGCUUCAGUUGGGUUCUCAUCGGACUCGCCAUGUUGUUCUAUUGGAGGAAGAACCACGGCCACAAGGACUACAGGAUAAACCGUGCCUUAGCGUUCCUGGACCAUGAGGAUAAAACUGCGAGGCAAAGCGUGCAGACUUCUGAGCUGCCGCCAUGGGUCCAUUAUCCAGAUGUUGAGCGAGUGGAGUGGCUGAAUAAGACGGUGAAGCAGAUGUGGCCGUUCAUCUGCCAGUUCGUGGACAAGCUGUUCAGAGAGACGAUCGAGCCGGCCGUGAAGGGAGCCAACCCUCACCUCAGCUCCUUCUGCUUCACCAAGAUCGACAUGGGCGACAAGCCGCUGAGAGUGAACGGAGUGAAGGUUUAUACAGAGAACGUGGACAAGAGGCAGGUCAUCAUGGAUCUACAGAUCAGUUUUGUGGGGAAUACAGAGAUCGACGUGGACAUCAAGAAGUACUACUGCCGAGCUGGAAUCAAGAGUAUUCAGUCUCUCGACAUCAACUGGACCGGACUCACGAACAUGCUGGAUAUUCCUGGUCUCAAUGGUUUGUGUGACAACAUCAUCCAGGAUAUCAUCUACAGCUACCUGGUCCUGCCGAACCGCAUCACCAUCCCUCUAGUGGGAGAAGCUCAGCUGGCUAACCUCCGCUUCCCAGUGCCAAAGGCCGUCCUGCGGAUCCACUUCCUGGAGGCUCAGGAUCUGCUGGGUAAAGACAAGUUUCUGGGCGGACUCAUCAAAGGCAAGUCGGACCCGUACGGAGUCAUCCAGGUCGGCACGCAGAUCUUCCAGAGCAAAGUCAUCCACGAGACCGUCCACCCCAAAUGGAACGAGGUGUACGAGGUGAGCAGCACCGAGAUCAACAUUUAA